AUGAAGAUCUGCGUGACCACCAUUCUGUCAAUCACCCUCCUUCUGGGUAACUCUGUCAAGCUCCGAGCUUCCGUUACUGGGCCGGUACCCUCGGACGGUGAUGGUCCUGCGUCUCAGGUGUGUCAGCAGUGCUGCCAGGGACCUGCUGUAAUACCCGGCAUACCAGGUCUGCCUGGGCCAGUAGGACCGAUGGGGCCAUACGGUCAGCCGGGGUCAAAAGGCGAUGCAGGUCCGAGAGGUUCCCCGGGUUUAGUUGGAACAACCGGGGAAACUGGUGUCAAAGGUCAGAAGGGUGAGCCAGGGGAGACACCAGACGACUCCAACCAGCGGGUGGCAUUCACCGUGGUGAGGACGAGCAGCUCGGAUGAAUCUACAAGUUCCGACACCCGUUUGUCAUUCCAGCAGACCGAGACGCUUCUGCCGGGUACCAGUUUCGAUCUCGAGACCGGCACGUUCACCUGUAGUGUGCCGGGCACAUACGUAUUUACGUUUUCUGUUCUUAAGUAUAGCAACAGCGAAACCCUUUUCAUCAAUCUUGUUAAAAACGACUACAGGGUGAUAACUACCUUUGGUCCAUCAAAUCAACAAGGUCAGUUGUCUGGGAGCGCGGUAAUGGUCCUGCAGCGAGGAGACACGGUGUAUCUUACAAUGGCCGGUAGGGUGCAUAGUGCUUCCACCUCUCACUACACCUCGUUCAGUGGCUUCCUCCUUUUCUCCGUAUAAAUGUAUAAUUAAAUAAAUAAAAUAAAAUCACAACGCAUAAAUAUACAGGAGCAGUGCUGCAUUUUUUUAGUUUCGCUUUC